AUGAAACAUUACAUCAAGUUCUUUGCUUUGCCUUUCCGACUUGCAUAUAACUAUAAACUACACAACAGACCACAUCUGAGUCUUUCAUUUCGUGUUAUUAUCUUUGAAAAUUUAAAGAAAGCAACGAGAAGAAGUGCUCAGUUAUUCAACGUCAAAAUCAAAGUACGCAUGUCUGAAAUCAUAUUUUGGUAUCACAAGCAAAGCAUUUCAUGUGAUGCUUUGCAUCAAGUUGCAAAUGCAGAAGAUCUCUAG